GUUAGGGUUAGGGUUGUUUUUAGUAGUUCAUGGAAGGUGUCUAUAGUGAGAAAGUGAAGGCGGGGUCUACGGUUCAGUGAACGGCAGCACUGAUCAACAGCAUUACUUCACAUCACAACAGCAUGAGCAGCAAGAUUUGACGAUAUACAGUCCUGGAUUUACUUUAAGUAUCCAUUUUCUUUUGUUAUUUUUUUUUUUCUUUUGACAUUUCAAAACUUUAUACAGUUUUGUAUUGAAUAUAUCAUUGUUAAUUAGGAUAAAACCAUGUGCUUUACUAUAGAGUGCAGCACUGUGGCAUUAUGGCAGAGCAAAUGUUCCUGUACUUUUACUUCCAAGAGAUAAGGAUACAUUCAUUCGGAUAGAUACUAUAUAUCUAUAUUGUGAAGGAAAGCGGGAAGUCAUCAGAAACAACAAACAUGGAGACAUUUACAAUUCAAGAUAUGCUCAUCAAUUCCACUGAUAUUUAUAAAAUAUUAUGUGGAUUGGGAAUCGGAAAUUUGUCGGAGUGCAAAAAUGACAGUGACAGCACGUUCGAACCAAAAGAUAUGAACCAGACUGUUCGGAUCGUGCUGUAUGUGCUCAUCUUCCUCCUGAGCUUCAUAGGGAACAGCCUCAUCAUCACCGUUCUGGUGCGGAACCGGCGAAUGCGGACGGUCACGAAUCUGUUCCUACUGUCUCUGGCCGUCAGUGAUCUGAUGCUGUGUGUGUUCUGCAUGCCCUUCACACUCAUCCCCAACCUCAUGAAAGACUUCAUCUUCGGCAGCGGCAUGUGUAAAGUGGCCACGUACUUCAUGGGUAUUUCGGUGAGUGUAUCCACAUUUAACCUUGUGGCCAUCUCUCUGGAGCGGUACAGUGCCAUCUGCAACCCCUUUAAGUCCCGUACCUGGCAGACGAAGUCCCACGCUGCAAAGGUCAUUACAGCCACUUGGGUCGUCUCUUUUCUGCUCAUGCUACCUUAUCCAAUAGGCAGCACCCUGGUGCCUUUCAUGCGCAGUAACAACAGCACAGGCAACAUGUGCCGCUUGGUUUGGCCCAGUGAUGUCAUGCAGACCUGGUAUGUUUUCCUGUUGCUGAUACUCUUUCUCGUGCCUGGGAUCAUAAUGAUGACAGCUUAUGGCCUCACCUCACUCGAACUCUACAGGGGAAUCAAAUUUGAAAUGGCUAAUAGGAAGUCAAACAGAGAGAAAGAAUGCGGCACGUCCAAUCUGAAAAAUGGUGAUGGCGAUGGCUGCUACCUCCAGCCGUCCAAGAGGAAGCGCGCCGAACCCGUGAUGCUCAGCAACCCAAAAUCCAAACUGAGAAGGGUUUGCAGCAACAGCCCUACAGCAAACCUCAUGGCCAAGAAACGGGUCAUACGCAUGCUGCUGGUGAUCGUGGGGCUGUUCUUCCUCUGCUGGACACCGAUCUUCGUCGUUAAUGCCUGGCGAGCCUUCGAUAGACGUUCAGCCGAUCGUCUCCUCUCAGGAGCACCAAUAUCCUUCAUCCACUUGCUGUCCUACACAUCUGCCUGCGUCAAUCCUAUAGUCUACUGUUUUAUGAACAAACGCUUCAGACAGGGCAUUCUGUCGACAUUCAACUGCUGUAGGGAUGAUUUUGAUGAAGUGAACAGGAACAGCAUCCGACGUAGCGCCAGAGGAGCUGGAGGGCUGGGAACGCUGUUUGGAGGAACCAGACAGGCUGACAGUAACACGCAAACCUCAGGAACGCUUACUAGGCUGACUGAGACCAGUAUCCGUGGCUCAGCACAAGCAUAAUUGACACUCAUCAAACCUAGAAAAUUUCAGCGUAAGAACCCAUUUUGGUUUAACAAGUAUAUCUAGUCUGAAAAAUAUGAUAUCAUUGUCAAAAUCGUUCAGAGCUUGGCAGGGCCGUGCACAGACAUUUUGGGGGGGCAGGUGCUCAAGUUAAAAAAGGCACCCCUCUUAUAAUUAUUUAUAAAAAGUAAAGUUACAUAUUGCUGAUCAUCUUUUAUUAAUUAUAUUAUUUAAAACUAUACACUAUAGGGCUGUUAUACCAAUUAAAUGAAAUCAGUUUUAACAAAAUCCAUCUUACCAUUUAUCAAAAUCCAUUUACACUGCAAUUACAAUUGCCUAAAUAGUAUUAUGAGAUUAUUGUUCUAAAUAUAACAUUUUGAAUAUAGAAAUAUGACAAGUUGGAAAAUGUAUGAAAACUGAAAUACUAUUAUAUAUUAAACUAAAACUGACAGUAGGUGGUGGCAAGUCGUAAUAAGUGAAUGAUAGAAUUGUUUAUUUAACCUAUUUGUUCAAACCAGCUGAUUCAUUCAUGAAAGAAGCAAGUCUCCAUUGACUUUAUGAAUGGGUCAUUGAAUCAUUGACUUACCUGAUUUGUUCAAAAACAGUGAAUCAUUCAAGAACGAAACACUGUUGUGUGUUGCUGGGAGACGCAACUACUCUGCUUUGUUUGGAACUAUUUUCGUUGGCCCAAUAGAGCAAAAACUGUCAAAAUUGACAACGUUGUGUCUAAAAAUAAACGUAAUGUUUAUCGAACGGUUUUAUAAAAUUAAUAUUACAUUUUGCAAAUUGUGCUGAUAUUUGGGAAAAUAGCACUCCUGCUCAUGUGAUAUUGCUUAACCAUAGUAUGCUAUAAACACAGAAUACAAUAACUCGUACAAGGGCAAUUCAUAUCUUGAAUUUAGGGGCAUUUUUAUUCAUUUUGGUAGCAUUUCCGACCUUACACAAUGCUAUUUUACGUCAACAGCAGACUAGUUUGUUUAUUGUUAAGCUUAAUGGAGGGCUAUUGCCUAAGUUAGGCUGGCUGUAUUGAGAUGUUUUAAUAUUGAUUUAAUUUCACAUUGGUGACAACAAAGAGUGUCGAAGUUUAGAGCAAACACGAUGGUUACUUGGCUGUCACCAAUGAAGGCAGGUCUGUGAGAUGUGGAUGCUGCUCGCUUGGUGGCUGUGACAAGGUAUGUUGGAGGGUGGGAGUCGCAUUAUUAUUCAGAAUAAGUUGUCGGCACAUGCUGAGAAUUGAUUGAGAAUGGAUGCCAUAAUAAAAAAAAGUCUUGCAAAAAGGGUACUUAUCUAGUCAGAGGCCAAAAGGGCAGGUGCUUAAGCACCACUUGGGGUCUAUCUGUGCACGUGCCUGGAGUUUGGUGAUGUUUAGUAAAAUGGCUGCUAACUGAAAAGAGACUGAUUGUACUGUUGAUAAAUGAGAGCACAAGUACAUAGACAAUGGCUGCCAAUAGCAUCGAAAUGCUGACAGAAUCUAGUGCUUAAUUUUAGUACGUCACUGUUAAUCAAACAGAAGCAUCAAAUGGAGCAAGACUUUGUCCUCAUUAUGGCUCUGACUUACAAAUGUUGAGAUUUUUAUAAAACACAAGACUUUAUAAAUAAGUUUGUCCAUUUGGCUCUCUAAUUUUCUGGCUCACCUAGAAGACAAAGAGGAUUUCCUUUGCUUUUCUUGGUAUUUUACUUAAUUUUUGUGUGUGCGUGUUACGGUCAAAGCAAUCAUCCAGAUGUUUUGAGAAUAUUCUAAUAGUGCUUUUAAAUACACUACCAUUCAAAAGUUUGGCGUUGGGAAGAUUUUUAAAAAAGUUAUUUAAAGAAGUCUCUUAAGCUCACCAAGGCUGCAUUUUUUUUUUGUUUCUGCAUUUAUUAUUGUGAAAUAUUACAAUUUAAAAUAAGUGUUUUCUGUGUUAAUAUAUUUUAAAAUGUAACUUAUUCCUGUGAUCAAAGCUGAAUUUUCAGCAUCAUUACUCCAGUCUUCAGUGUCGAUUGAUCCUUCAGCAAUCAUUCUAAUAUGCUUUGCUGCUCAAGAAACAUUUCUUAAUAUUAUCACAUUUAAACAGUUGAGCUGCAUAAUACUUUUGUGGAAACCGUGAUAUAUUUUUUUCAGAAUUCUGAACAGAAAGUAUCAAUUUAACUGAUCAAUUUAAUGCAUCCUUGCCGAAUAAAAUUAAUUUCUUUUCGUAUAUCUUACUGACCCCAAAUAUUUGAAUGGUUGUGUAUAUAUCGUCAUCUGAGAUCAGUUUGGAGAUGCUUAAGAGUGUACACUGGCCUGUAUUUGAUAUUUUGUUCAUCAUAUCUGCUUCAGUAAUGACCACACAGAUAUAAUUCUCUGUUUGAUAAAUGUAUGACACACACUUACACAAUCUGCAAUAGCAAAACCUCUUGAUUUAUUGCCAAUACCGCAUGCAAAAAUGUGUAAACUCUGUACAAAGUGUACCAGCUUGUAUCUGUGUCCAUAGGUAGAUGUGUAGCAUUAACCAUUUUCUUCUAGGAAAGUACACAGUCAUGUCUUUAUCUUGUGUGUUAGCAAAGCCGUACUGUUUGUACACUGUGACAUAGAGUCUGUCCUUAUCAUUGCAUGAGACUUUUAACACCUGUUGCGCACUUCAAAAGAACCUACUCAAGGCUGCUUCUAACAUCUGGGAUAUUUUCACCAGGACAUAUGGUCAUUGACUGUAUUUGUUUAUAAUAUUUGUAUAUGCCAAACUCACAUUUUUAAUUUGAUCUCUCAGUGAAAUAAACAAUGAUGUCUUACUUUAAUAGCAUACUCAUAAAAAUAAUAAGCCAAGAUGUUAUAACGCACAUUUGUAUGGUCCUCGGUACGACAACAUACUGUAUGUCUAUAUUCACUUACAUUGACACAUUAAACCUUGUAAAGUCUUAAUCAUCCGUUGAAUGUCUGUAUACCAGGAAAUUUAAUAAUAAACAUCUACUUAUUAAGGGAAACAUUUCAAAACCCUGAGGAGAUUCACAUAUGCCAGUCCACAUAUCAUCUAAUAAUGAAUAUUUUAGGAGUGCUUUGUAUGAAAUGCAACCUGGGGGUCGGACCGAAAUAUUCCUAUUGUGAGUUUUAUUUCAGUUGCGUCACUGUAUUCUUGUGAAGUGGAUAUAUUAAAAGUGACUUUUUUCAUGUA